AUUUCUAUGUUUUUUAGUUUUGUUGACAUGUGCUCUUUUAUUUUCAUGAUUAGAAUAAGUAAUUAUAAUUAAAAAAAGUAAGGUAAUCUCGAAGAAGUGUAUAUAUAUAGCAAAAUGGGGAGAUCGUGCGUGUAUAUCGCUUCUUUAUGCCAUCUGAUGUCAUCAAUUCUGUUGAUUCAGUUAUUCGGAUAAUUACAGUUAGGUUAGGUUAUGCAGUGGAGUCGCACAAUUAGAGAGUGAGAGAGAGAGAAAUAUUUCUUUGAAUCUCUGUCCCACGAGGAACACACGAUUACAGCGCCGUUUACGACACGCUUCGGGAUGUGAGUCACCCCCCACCAUCGGAGUGGCAAGACCUGUAUGUAAGACCGUGGGUUUGUUUACUGUCAAGCCUGAGUAAUUCUUGGGAGUUUUUUAAUGCAUUUUCAUUUAUUAAUCUUAUUGUGUUUGAUGACAGAUAUUGAACAAUUCUUUUGUAUUAAACUUGAGAAUUUUUUUUUUUAUUUAUAAUGUCUUGCUCUCUGUCAGAUUACCCAAAAUCCCCCUUUAAAUUUGACAAAGAAGUUCGAGAGAUACUGAAAGCUGAAUUACAAAAAGUACUACACGAUGAUCAAUUUCUAACAGAAAUUGAGGCCCAGGAAAAAUUGAAUUCAUUGCUGGAAUGGUUUUGCCGAGCGCCAAAAAAUACGUUUUUUCGAAUAAAUACAUUAAUCACAGAUGCGGACACUGUUACCAAUUACAUAAAAAAAAAUUGCCAUCCAACACCAUCCGUAUCAAUAUAUCCAGAUUUUCCAGAAUUGAUUACAGUUUCUAAUCCAUGGAAUUCAACAAAGUAUGGCAUAAUAAUGCAUUCAGUAGAAGUUAUAGUUGAUGCAACUUGUGGUGCAGCUGUGAUGCGUGGUGCUCAUGUUUUUGCACCUGGUGUUGUUGGAAUUCCACAUGGAACAAAACCUGGAGAUUUUGUUAGUGUCUUUGCUGAUGCAAGUAAGAAAUGUAAAAAAGGAUCCACUACAUUUAACGGUGAGAAAGUAUACCUUGGAAAUGGUAUAAUUAAAAUGACCAGAGAAUACCUUUUUGGAAAUAUAACAAAGUACCCAAGUGGAAUUGCUGUAAAAAUGACUGAAUUGUUAUCAGGUGUUCCAAUAUUGAGUGAUACAUGUCUCCCAAAAGGAUUUGGUCUUUUGCAAAAUGUCCCUUCAAUAGUUUGUAUUAAGGUAUUAGAUCCCCAGCCAGGGGAAACUGUGUUGGAUAUGUGUGCUGCCCCAGGAAACAAAACUACUCAUAUCGCAGCGCUGAUGAAAAAUCAGGGUAGGAUCAUAGCCCUGGAGAAGAUAAAAUCAAAAAUAGAAAAAUUACAAAAUAAUUGCAAGGAUUUCUCUGUAAAAAACGUCGAAAUAUUUUGCAUCGAUUCCACAAAAGCUGUUGCUGAAGAUUUGUCUAGUGUAAAAAUAAAUCCUUUAUGUCCACCAUUUCCUGAAGAAACAUUCGACCGCAUCCUCCUCGACGGUCCUUGUAGCGGUUUGGGUCAAAGGCCACAAAUUUUUAACAGUAUAUCACCAGCUGAAUUGCGUUCUUAUGUGCCAUUACAGCGCAAAUUAUUUUCUACUGCCGUUCGAUUACUGAAACCAAGCGGAAUCCUAGUGUACAGUACGUGCACGAUAACUUUAGCUGAAAAUGAGAAUAUGGUAGCAUGGGCACUGAAGACACACUCCUGCUUGGAAUUACAAUCAGUACCGGACAGGAUAGAGUCACUGGGUUUACAAGAUGCAGAAGUAAAAUACUCUGUGGGAUUUCCAGUGGAAGAUCUACAAUCAGAAUUAGCAAAAAAAGACUUCUUUACUUGGGCCCGAUUUUCUGUUCAAACAAAUAUGCAAAAGCUUUUAAAGCACUCGUGGAUAAACAUAUACAUAUUUUCUUCCUGAUAUCCCUGGGCCGGAUGACAGACAAAGUUGUCAUUUUCAAAUUUCUUUGUUAUUAUGAAGAACUGCUUAUCAACUGAUAAAUAAUAAUAUAAUUAUAUCAACAAGAUUACUUAACUUGGAAAAUAUUAAUAGUUUUUGAAUACAUGAAUGAUUCUCAAUCCGAAAUCCAAGAGAUCUUCUACUUCCGGUAUGAACUUUGCCAAAUUUUAAUUUAUGUGAUGAAAGUUUCAAUAGAGGUAUGAAAAUUUUCAAGUAUAAUUGUACUUCCUAUAUAUUGUACAAUUGUAUAAAAAUCAAGUCAUAUAUAUAUUCC